AUAUCGUGAUUGCGACAAGUUACAACAGCUGAGAGGUCUUGUGUCAUGUCAUGGCGGGGUGACACGACUUGACACAAAGAGUGAAAGUUAAUCUUAUCGAGUGUCAUGCGGAUUAUAACGUCGUGUGUAUGUUUUGUUUCAAAGAGCAACAGAAGGAAAACAAACAGCGUGUUUGUUUACAUCGCUCGCUCCCUACAGGACAGGCGUGGAUCCUCGAACAAGUAUUACCCCAAAAAAGUGAAGAUAGAGGAGCAUCUAGUUUCGACUUGCGGUCUGGAACGGAUCCUGAAUAACACGAAAAGAAACCAGACGGUAUUCGCUAACGGACCUCCGUCUCUCAACCCGACACCGGACAUAAAAGAGAAUCGCAAAAGGAAAAUUGGUGGGAGAAAGCAUAUAAAUAAAUAAAUUAAGAUUCGCCAUUUCGGCUUCCGGCUCAACCUCGGCGCAAUGAUGACGUCACGACCGGCAGCCCACUUCCUGCUCGGGAUCUUCGUCUUGGCGGUCGCCGCCUUCUCGCUGGCUCACGCUCGACCCGAGGAGCAGGUGGACUUCGACGCCUUCCCCGAGGACGAGCCCUUGGACCCCCACAUGCUCGAGGAAUUCGAAGAGGUCGUGACGUCAGCGCCUCUGGAGGAGGAGCAGGAGGGGGCGGUGGUCGAGGAGGAGGAGGAGGAGGAGACAGAGAAGAUGUUCCCGCGGCCGUACCCCGUGCAUGACGUCUACCCGAAGAAGGUGACGGACGAGACGUACCCGAAGAAGUUCCAGGAGGGCGUGGCCGCGCAGGAGGAGCCCGCGUCGGAGGCCGAGCAGGCCCCCGAGGAGCCGCUGCCCGAGGAGGAGGUUCAGCCCGAGGCCCCCGACGCCGCCGAAGCCCCGGAGGACCAGGUGGAGGAGACGGCCUCGCCUCAGCCGGAAGCGGAGGAGGAGGAGGAGGAGGAGGCCAUCGAGGAGGAGGCCAUCGAGGAGGAGGCCAUCGAGGAGGAGGCCAUCGAGGAGGAGCCCGUCGAGGCCGCAGCCGAGGAGGAAGCCCCGGCCGAGGAGCUCCCGGCUGAGGACACAGAGACGGCGGCCGAGGAGGAGGCGGCGCCCAUGGAGGACGUGACGGCGGUCGAGGAGGAGGCGGAGGCCGCCGGCGGGCAGUCCUCCAGGUCAGACGUGGAGGAGGACGACGGCCCUGUGGAGGCCCAGCCGGAGCCCGAGGAGAGCGGGCCGCAGGAGCCCCCCCCGGAGCCGGAGGAGCCCGCCAAGAACGCGACGCAGGUGGAGCAGCCGGAGGACGCGCAGGAGCCCGUGGUGAUGCCGGUGACGGAGGGCAAGAACCGCAGCGGACAGGACGCCGUCAGCAGCUACGACCUGCCGAAGGAGCUGAUGCCCAUCCACCCCGGCGGAGGCUCCAAGUUCGAGGACCUGGAGCAGGAGCGGCUGGACAAGACCAAGAUGUCGCAGACGAAGGCGGACGACGACGACGCGGAAGACGGGAACGCCCACAACGCCGAGGGCCUCUACAGCACCUGCAGCGUCCCCCGCGCCUCGCUCCUCCUCGCCCCCGUCGCCGCUGUCCUCGUCAGAACACUAGUCUAGGUCCUCAGCGUCUGAAAGUGGUUCUGGAUGUUGUCAAUUCCAGCUUUUAGCCAGAUAAGAAAUACAUAAAAAAAAUACUAAAAAAAAAUGUUAUGUAUGUAGAAUUAAUGUUAAGUUAAGAACAGAGCGCGAUAGAGCAAAACUAGUCACGUAGGAUGUUCUGAAGCACAACCCAGAUUUAGAACUUCGUAUCAAUAAGUGUUCAUAAUCUUUUUUGUAAUAUAUAUUCUUUUAGAUCUACAUGUAAUAUAUAUAUAAUCUUUUGUUUGGAAAUAUGAAAUUAUGAUAUA